UGACACUUUAAUUGGCAUAAUAAAAAAAUAAAUAUAUAUAAUUAAAUAAUUCCAUAUUGGCUCUUGAAUUCGAUUCGGCACAAAAAAAAAUAGUGAUUGGCGUUACCAUUGUUAUGUUAUCCAUGUUGGGACAUUAGUGAUUGCCGUUACUGUACUGGUACAACACAGUACUUGGCCGUAGUGACCUAAUUUUUUAGGGACACAGUCAGUCAAUGGGGGAGGAGUCACGUAUGCAUAAAUAGUUGCUUGACUGUGCCAAUCUCACUAGAAAUUAUUGUGGUUCGAAAUUACACCAGGCCCAAGGGAUGAAAAUAAAUCCCACGGUACCAACAAUUUGAAAAAAUAGAAAAUAUCAUUAUUGACAUUUUAUCUUUACUGCAUUGAAAAUAGAAAUACUUUUGAAAUUCAAACAAAAAUAUUUAACUGUACCAAUAAUAUUAUUCAUAUCAAGUCUACAUGGAAUCUGCUUGCAGUAGUGAAGUUGAAAUUCAUUCCUCAAGAAUAAGAAAACAACCUAAAAAUUGUCGAUGUGAAGAACACAAAGUGGAAUUUAAAAAACGAAAAUCAUUUAAAAAAAAUUUUUGUUUCAUAUGUGGGCAAUUGUUGACCAUUACCGAUAGUUUGAAAAAACAUUUGCGGACUCAUAUUGAGGAAAAACAACCUGAACCAAGAUCAUUAAAGAAAUAUGUGCCACAUCUUCCUUGUGUAAUAUGUGGGCAAUUGUGUUCCAAUAUUGAUAGUUUGAAAAAGCAUUUGCGGAAUCACAUUGAAGAUAAACUACCUAAACCAAGAUCAUUAAAAAAAUAUUUGCCAGAACGUACUUGUGAAAUAUGUGGGAAGUUAUCGGCCAAUAGCAAUAGUUUGAAAGAGCAUAUGCGAAUCCACACUGGAGAGAAACCAUACUCUUGUGUGAUAUGUGAAAGGAGUUUUUCUGUACUUUGUAGCUUGAAACGACAUAUGAAAACCCACAGUAAAGAACGACCACAUUCUUGUGAAACAUGUGGGAGAUGUUUUGCGGAAUCAAGUUCUUUAAAAAGACAUGCAAGAAUUCACACUGGAGAAAAACCAUACUCUUGUGAAAUAUGUGACAGGGCCUUUGCAAUAUCUAGUAGCUUAAGACGGCAUAUGAAAACACAUACUGGAGAAAAACCAUAUUCUUGUGAAAUAUGUGGAAAAUGUUUUACAGAAAGGAAUUCUUUAAAAUAUCACAUUAGAAAUCACAAUGUAGAGAAACCACAAUUUUCUGAAACAUGGGAGGAAUGUUUUGCAGAAACAAGCUUGCUGGAAGUAAGUAAAAUGACUUGCUCUGAAGAAAAUAAUUUUACAGAAACAAGUUUUUUGGAAGGACAAAAAAGAACUCACUUCGGAGAUGAUAGUUCUACAGAGACAAGCUCUUCUGAAGAACAUAAAAAAACUCACUCCGGCGAUAGUAGUUUUACAAAGACAAGCUGUUUUGAAGAACUUAAAAAAACUCACUCCGGAGACAAUAGUUCUACAGAAACAAGUUUUUCAAAAGAGCAUGAAAGAACUUACUCUGGAGAUAAUAGUUUCACAGAAACAAGCUCUUUUGAAGAACAUAAGACAACUCACCCUGGAGAAAAUAAUUUUACUGAUAUAAGCUAUUUAGAAGAGUAUAAAAGGACACACUCUGGAGAUAAAACCUAUCCUUGUGAUACCUGCGGAAAAUGUUUUAUUGAAGCAAGCUCUUUGAAACGACAUAUAAGAAUUCAUACUGGAGAAAAACCAUAUUGUUGUGAAACAUGUGGGAAAGGAUUUUCGGUUUCAAGUUCUUUGAAACAACAUAUGAUAACACAUACUAAUGAAAAGCCACAUUCCUGUGAAACAUGUGGUAAAUGUUUUUCUAUGCUAGGUUCUCUGAAACGACAUUUAAGAAUUCAUACUGGAGAAAAACCACACACAUGUGAAAUAUGUGAUCGAUGCUUUACAGUAUCUAGUAGUUUGAAACGACACAUGCAAACCCAUACUGGAAAGAAAUCGUUUGAAGUUUCAUUAUCGAUGGUUCUACAACGCUGAAAAUUAGAAUUUCACAGCCGAUGAUGGCCUGGUUAAUUAAAGCAUUAGUAACCCCUUUAUUUCACGGGAGCCGGAGCUCUGAGAACAAAGAUCUGAAUGUGGCUUCGGAGAUACAGGUGCAGAUUGCUGAUAUAAGAGCACCUAACAGGCAGUAGAUGCUUGUAUAGAGCCUUGUUCAGAGUUCAGUUCAGUUUAAAAAAAAUUCUGUGGCAAGUGCUUUAUAUAUGAUGAUAUACCGUAUUCGCUCGUUUUGUAGCCCGGGCCCAUAUUUUUUUCAACCAACUCACCAACCGGGCCCUUAAUCAAGAUGUAAUUUCCUAAUAAUUUGUUGUAAUAGUUGUAAUUUCCUAAUAAUUUAUUCCAACACUAAUUUGUUUUUAAUCCCUGCUAUUAUUAUCUCAAGUAUUGAGUUGAAUUUGUACAUUUAAAAAAUUAAUUUUAAAAUUUGAAACCUUUGUUUUUUCGAGUCCCACUUCUGUGAAACUGCACUUGGGAUAAUGACACUCAAUGGCCUUCGGGCUCCUGAUCUAAGUGAAAAAUUUCAAACAUCCGUCCCAGGAUAAAUAAAGGAUGUCGGUCAUAAAGUGCAGAACUUUUCUUUCUGGAUUCAGACCAGGGAUGUCCAAAACGAAUUCAAUAUUUGAAUACGUUUGGAAUUGGUUAUAUCAAAUUCCCAAUAUUAGGAAUAAUUUAGAAUUUUAUCAUUUGAUUUUUUUCUUUUGAGGAUUUAUUAUCUUAUGAUACAAUAAAAAUUAGUAACUUUAGACAAAAUAAAAUACAAUGUUAGUCUAAAUUAUUCUGCAUGACUAAAUUUGAUUUUUACAAUUUAUUUGUGUCUUUGAGAAUUUUCUUGUUGAAUGGACCCAUUACAGGAUAUAUUCAAUAAAUACUUAAUAAAUGGUUCGGCAUCGCUGAUUCAUAACCACAGUUAAUGUUUUUGUUCUUUAUUUUGUUGCUUCCUCCGAUUUCAUAUAUUUUACUUUAUGGUGUUAUUGAUGCUUAUCUAUUUUGUUGUUUAUCAUUGUAUUAAAAUUUUGCUAUAAGUAUAUAACUGUAUCCUAUUGUAGGAAUUAUCAGAAUAAAAUUUUCAAAUCCAUCCAGAGUCGGCAACAUAAGGCAAACCAUGUACCAGUAUGGAGGUAACUGAAUUUUACAUCAAGUUGUGACGGAAACCUAUGGGCAGGUGGUUAUACUCACUUGGCUAAAACAGACAGUCCACGAACUCGUAAUGGAACUACAAUAUUCUCAGUUCAAUCGGAGAGCUUGAGGGAAAAUCGAAAUAAAUUUAUGGACUAACCUGAUACAUAUAAUACGGAAUACCCAAGUCAAGUAAUUGACCAAUUAUUUAGGAACAAGAGAGUAUUGCAAGUAUAUGGACACAAUGUCUUUCAUUGGUAAAUGUCACAGAGCGCAGUUUGAUAUGAUAGUUAUAAAAUUUAAGAUCUGUAGAGAUGGGCCUUUUUAUUGGAUACCCGAAGUAAUUGACAUGAAUGCCUUCGUUUAUUUAUGUUUGUUACCAAUAUUUGUUAUAUACUAGUCAUUCUGUUGACAUUAAUCAACCCUUUGUGAGUGUGCCAU